CACUUGUCAACUGGAAUUUGGAAAUGUGAAUUGCAUCUUCGUUGUUGUUCAAACGAAGUUCAAACAGAAUUUUGUUAUAUUUUUAUCUUCAAAAUACACAGUUUUAAAAUCUUCAAGCAGCAAGACUAUUUUCAUCUGCUCAUUAUCCUCAAUUACAAUUUAAAGAUGCCUAAUAUAAAAUUACAAUCAUCUGAUAUGGAAAUAUUCGACGUCGACGUAGAAAUAGCAAAAUGCUCAGUUACUAUAAAGACAAUGUUAGAAGACUUGGGCAUGGAUGACGACGAGGAAGAAGUAGUACCUUUACCCAACGUGAAUUCUGCGAUCUUAAAAAAAGUCAUUCAAUGGGCUACAUAUCACAAAGACGAUCCCCCGUUACCCGAAGACGAUGAAAAUAAAGAAAAGAGAACAGAUGAUAUUUCAUCUUGGGAUGCAGAUUUUCUUAAAGUAGAUCAAGGAACAUUGUUUGAAUUAAUUUUGGCAGCUAAUUAUUUGGACAUUAAAGGGCUUUUGGAUGUUACUUGUAAAACAGUGGCAAACAUGAUCAAAGGCAAGACACCAGAAGAGAUACGAAAAACCUUCAACAUUAAAAAUGAUUUUACAGCUGCUGAAGAGGAGCAAGUGCGCAAGGAAAAUGAGUGGUGUGAGGAAAAGUGAUUUACAUGCUUAAUGAUCCCCCGAUGUCACCUUUAUUGUCUUACAAUGUAGUAUUAAAUAAUUACAACUAA